AUAUACAUCCAUCUCUCUCUCUCCCUCUUACCUUCUCCUACUUACUUGUACUUGUCAGGUACCAUUUUCGUCCUUUGCGUUGCGUUUUUGCUGUUAAGUGGACGGUUGUGACAGCGAUUUCGCAGCCAAAUCACACCCGCCACGAGAAUGUCCAAGAGAAAAAUUCCCCUGGAUUCUGAUUCUAACGAAAGCGACAGCAGUGACUCCGAUGUUGAUAAGGAAUUGCUGACCAGCCUUAAGAAGAAAGCCAAAAAUGAUGGAUCUCCGAAUGAAAGCUCUGGGCCCAAAAAGGGGAAAGUUUUCACUGAUUCUGAUACGUCUUCUGGGUCUGAUGGAGAGUGGGACGCCAAAGGAACUAGUAAGAAGAAGAAACCAAAGGCUGCAAAGAGGACUGGAAAACGUACCAUGACUAGAUCUUCAUCUUCAUCCUCCUCCGAUUCAGACAGUGGAGAUGAACGCCCUACUGCAAAGGGGAAAACAUCUGAGCCUGAAGAAGGUGAGGUGUCUGACAGCGGAUCAGAUUCUGACGAUUCAGACUCCAGUCAAGAGGAAUUCAAUGAUGGAUAUGAUGAAAACUUAAUGGGAGAUGAGGAAGAUCAAGCUAGAUUGGCACAGAUGACGGAAAAAGAGCGUGAGCAAGAAAUUUUCAAACGUAUUGAACAUCGUGAAGUGAUGAAAACAAGGUUUGAAAUAGAGAAAAAGCUGAGGCUGGCCAAAAAGCAAGAGAUGAAGAAAAAGAAAGACCAUGACAAGAAGAAAGAACUUAAGAUGGAUCCUAAAGAGAGGAGCAAAGAGAGAAAGAAAACUGUUGAAGAAAAUAGAGGGAGAACAGAAAACAAAAAGGCUGCUGCUAUGGACAUGUUGAAAAAACGCCGUGAAGAGAAACUAAAAAGAGAGGAAAGUGAACGUCAGAAGAGGGUAGAUGAUGAAAAGAAACGAGAAGAAGAGAAAGGUAGGGGUAGUGACGAUGACAAGGAUGACCGGGAUGGCGAUGACUCUGAUGGAAAGUCUGCUGGAGGAGGAAGCUCCCGUACCAAACUGAAAGCAUCAGAUAUUUAUAGCGAUGACAGUGGUUCGGAAAGUGAUAAGAGUGAGAAAGGAAGCCGGAGAGGAAGACGUUCAAGCAGUAGUGGUAGUAGCAGCAGUGGCUCUGGUUCAGACUCUGAUAAAAGGUCAGUGUCCAGUUCCAAGACAAAAUCUAAGAAAACUCAAGUUAUAGCUAAGAAGGAAGAUAUCACUAAAAUCAGAUUAUCCCGCCAUAAGCUUGAAAGAUUUGUGCAUUUGCCUUUUUUCAAUCGAGUUGUAGAAGGAUGCUUUGUGAGAAUAGGCAUUGGAAAUCACAACAAUGUGCCUGUGUACAGAGUUGCUGAAAUAAGUGGUGUAUGUGAAACAGGGAAGAUUUACCAACUUGGCACGACACGCACUAACAAAGGACUAAAGCUCAGACAUGGAGCACAAGAAAGAGUUUUCCGCUUGGAGUUUAUUUCAAAUCAAGACUUUACUGAUAGUGAGUUUAAUAAAUGGAGAGAGACCUGUGCCCUCCAAGCCAUUUCCUUACCUACAAUGGAUGAUGUAGAGAAGAAGUUGCAAGAUAUUCGUGAAGCAAUGGUAUAUGAAUUUAAGGAGGAAGAUAUUGAGAAAAUUGUGCAAGAAAAAAGCCGAUUUCAGAACAAUACAUACAAUUAUGCCAUGAAGAAAACACAAUUAAUGAAGGAGCGAGAUAUUGCUCAUUCAAAGGGCGAUGAAGAAGAAGCCGCAACACUAGCACAAAAAUUGUUGGAGCUAGAAGAAAGAGCUAAUGAGCUAGACAAAAUGCGUACAUCAACCAUAUCAAGUAUAUCAUAUAUCAAUGACCGAAACCGCAAAAGAAAUGUAGAAGAGGCUGAAAAGGCUAUUUUGGCUGAACUGAAAGCUUCCAAAGGAUUGAAAGUAAUGGAUCCAUUUACAAGGCGACAUACGAAACCUCGCAUGGUGUUUAAAGCAAAUGAUGAGCCAGACACGGUUGAAAUGAAACCUACUGAAUUAACACCGGCUGUCAAAGACAAGCCCUCUGAGGAGAAUGAAAAGGAUAAAGACAAAGAAAAAAAUUCAAAAGGGAAACCAGGUGGAGCCCUCAUGACCAAGACUGAAGAUCUGUUUUUAGCUCAUGAUUUUGAUAUAAGAAUAGAUCUGGACAUGCCUGUUUCAUCAUCCAACCCAGUGAGUGUUACUCCAAAGCCUGCCAGCACUGUGAAGGACACGGGUCCGAGAAGAUCCUUGAACCUGGAAGACUACAAGAAGAAAAGAGGGCUAAUCUAAUCUGUUGAUUCCUAGGCCCAUUUGUAAAUAUUUCCUGAUGACUUCAGAAUUAUGUUUUAUGAAUUACUCCCUUCUUAUUGCAAUGUGUAACCCAGUUGGCAAUCAUGUCAAAUUCUCAGCUCUGUAUGUUUUUAGUCAUGCAAGACAUGGUGCCCCCAAAACUGUGCUCAAAAGAGAAUGUUUUCUCUAUGUAAUUUGGGCCAUAUGAGCUUUUAUUUAUUGAGCAGCCUGCACGUCAUAGUUUAAUUAGUUAUAAGAAGACCAUUUGUAAAGUGUUACAGUAAGUUAAUGCAAUUCGUAAUGCCAAGCGUUCUUGUUUUUUUUAAAUUAUUAUUAUUAUCAUUCUUGUGCUUUUAUUAUGAUUUGCCGUCAAGGUUUAGCACUCUAAACAUGUACUAAGCUCAAAGCAUUUGACAUAUAAAUGAUGUAUGAUUAACUUAGCAUUACAAAUAUAGGUCAAAGAAAGUUUCUCUUAUCGCUCAGUUAUAUAACUGUGCUGCAUUAGAAUAGAAUGUUGCACUGUGGAUGGAUUGAUUAUCAUAGGUACCUUUGUAGACAUGUUAAGUCCAUCUAAAUAAAUAUGCAUCAAAUGCGUAUACAAUAUAGUGACCCAAAAUGUCAAAGUUUAUUAAAGUCAUUUAUAAUAACAAGACAAUUGUCUUGAGAGAGUGUGACUCAACCAAUUCAUUUCAUUAAAGUCACCGUUAAGAGAUGGUUGACAUUUCUCAUGAGAAAUGUAGUUACAAUUGUGCUAUUUCAUGGCAUAAAGAUGGAGUGGCAAAAGUAAAACUGCCUUCGUACUAAAAUUUGGGUGGCCAUUAAAUAGCUAUGUUGUUGUCUGUUCUACCAGAUUUAGUCUGAACAUAUUUUCUUGUCUUGAGACUUAAUGACUCUCUGAAUAAUUGCCUCAAAAUGGUAUUUUGGGCAGAUCAGUUGGGAAUGUUUCAUCUGCAAUCUUCUUCAUUGUUUACAUUAUUUAGUGCUGCAACCAGGUGUGCACUUCUUUGUUUUGUGAUAGCUUCUGACAAGCAUGGUGUUUCUUUUAUUUAUGUUACCCUUAUUCAGAAAAACGUGAAUUUUGCUUAGUUUAAUUUGUCACAUAUAAACUGAAUGAACUGAAAUAUUUCAAUAUUAGUAUUGAGCUUGAGGAGGAGAAGGAAAUAAAGAUUUUACAGGCAUCAUG